GGUAACCAUCAUCUGAGCCUUCAGCAAGUCAUAAUCUUUUUGCAAUAGUUACAUCAAAGAUCACUGAUCACAGAUCACCAUAACAAACAUAACAAUAAAGAAGUUUAAGUAUUGUGAGAACUAUCAAAACAUCACACACAGACAUGAAGUGAAAAAAUGCUAUUGGAAAAAUGGCGCCAAUAGGCUUGCUUGACGCAGGGUUGCCACAGGUCUUCAAUUUGUAAAAAACACAGUAUCUGCAAAGUGCCAUAAAGCAAAACGAUAAAAUGAGGUAUGUCUGUACCACUGUGUGUGUGUGGUAGACAACAGUAUGUAACUCAGUGAUAACCUUUGGAGAGGAUAGAGCUCUCUUGUUCUUUUUUCCCCUCUUUGAGGAAGACCUGAGAGUGAGCUGGGCAUCCAGGACCAACUCCUGUAACCACAGAGGAGACAGGGACAGUUCCUCCUUGUAUGGAGAUGUUUACAGUCUUCCUGUCAUUUGGAGUUUUUGUGGAUGGGAAAAAUGGGGUGUUGAAUGUGUUAAGGUCAAGGUGAAGAAGGGCUGGGCAGUGCUUUUCUGGAAAUGGCUCACCUAGCACAAACCUGCUUGCCUCCCUUCCUGGUGGAGGUAGCUGGGUGUGAACAUUUAAGGUGAAGAGUGUAGAUUAAGGUGUAGAACAUUGCAGCUAUGGCUACAAUUAAGGUGUAGAACAUUGCAGCUGUGGCUGCCACAGACUGGUCUGAUCUAUUAACUUUUGCUCUGUCCCUGACCCUUUGACUCUGUUUUGUUUUUGUUUUGUGUUUUAGGAUGAAAUUAUACAUAAUUUAAACUCCAGGACCUAAAUGGAAAACAAGAUGCUUAUCUCUGGUUGCAGGUUCCAACCCUCCUGAAUACUGAUACCUAUGUGUGCCAUGCCAUAUUAAGAAAGUCCAUGUCUGGUCUGCUACCCUUAAAGCAGGCCACCUCCUACUUGCUACUGUAGUUGAGCUAGCUUUAUUUCAAAAACCCCUCAAUCACAAGUGGCAAUGGACUUAUUUAUUUAGAAAGCUUAAGCUGUGGUUUUGGGGUCUCUAAGGGACCUAGUAGAAUCUGCUGUUACUAAAGCAUGACCAAGAGAAAUCUGGGUGCUCAGGUGCUCAGCUGUGAGCAGAAGUUGGGCUUCUAGAGACCAGGAAAUGUGCAAGGUAUAGGAACUUGAUAUUUUGGGGGCAUUCUGUUGAGUGGGUGAAGUGAGGGAUUUGGUCUUGAUGUCUGGCUCCCUCUGUCUCUUAUCUGCAAAGCUCAAAGUUAAAAAGAACCCACAGAAAAUACAUUGGGAGGGCAACUGCUGGAUCUGGGCUGGGCCCUUCCCCUUAUUCUGUGAGAUGCUAACAGCCAGGCUGUACACCUGGGUGGGGGCCCAGAAAAUGUGAGCUGGCAAAGGGUGUAGAGAACAGUGUUCUUAAGUGCCAAGAAGGAUUGAACUUUUAGUAUGUGAUUGUAAUGAAAAGCUGAUGAAUAUGUUAGAGGAAUGGAUAAGUGGUUUUAUGUAGUCUUAACCCAGUAGUGUAGUUUCUUCCUUGUUCUUUAUCCUUUUCAGAACACUGGGAGAGUGCAUGCAGGGCUCUCCGCUGAUCUCCCUCAGUGCUCCUUCUGUGGUCCUGAUGCCAGGUGUCCUUUCUUGGAGACUCAGCCUGCUAUCUUCUUUGGUGGCUACACCACUCAUUCCCUUGGUGUUUUCUACUUCCUUGCCUUCAGCUUGCUUAAGACUGGGAAGGGAGUUAGGUGGUGUCCCCAGCUUUUCAUUUUCUCACUGUCCACCCCGCUAAACUAGAUUAGCUGUAGGUGUAAAUUGGGAGGGCAAAUGUUGGAUCUGGACUGGUCCCUUGCCCACAUAAUUAGGUCCCUGGCUAUAUGUUCCCAUAGCACCCUAUAGUUCCUCUUUCAGAAUAAUCAAUUCCUUGUAAUUACUCAGUUUGUGUCCUGCAUGACUACAGACUUGCUGGAGGUAAGGACUGUUUGUCUUGGACUUUGCUGUCAGCCCUUAGCACAAUGUCUGGUACAUAGUAUGUUCUCAAAUAUUUAUUGUUAGAAUAAAUGCAUUAACUCAAUACGUCCUUCAUUUCAGAAACUGAUUGCUAACUACCAUGGGAAAAUAAAGUAAAUAUGGGGAUGGAAAAAAUUCUAAAAUUAGUUUCUGCUCUGCUUCUGGCUCCACGUUAGUGUGGGAGCCCCUACAAGCUGGACCUCCUUCCAGGCUGGCCCCACCUUUACUCUACAGUGGUCUCUUCAGUCUGAAGAUACCACCAAGGUACAGCCAGGAGUGAAACUUCCAGCGUAGGUGACUGCAGUUCCCUUAGCCUCUGCCCUGCCCACGUAUCAAUAAAUUUGGGCUAUUUCUUCAGAUACGAAUUUUCUCAAGAAAUUCUCUCCCUUCGUGGUAUGGGUCAUAUCACUGGUAGUUAACCUUUCAGUGAAAUAACUUUUUCUUCCUAAUGACCUGAAAAGCUUCUGCACCUCUGCCUCUCAUUUCUCAUGUGAAGUCAGCAAACUGAAUUCCUCAAUUUGAGCUCCAAGAAGGUGGGGUUUUUGUCUGUUUUCUACGCUGUAAUACUUCCAGCGCCCAGAAGCAUACCUAGCACACAUUUGUUCGGAGUGAAUACUCAUGCACUUCACACCCUGCUUAGAGAUGACAAACUUUGGCCAGGACACCUGUCCACCCACUUCUCGGAAUUCAGCCUCUCAGGAUUUAGGUAGGUCAAAGUAAAAAACAAAAAACUUUCCAGCACCCACAGGUGAGGAUAUUAUGCAAAACACGUCGCUUGUCUUGAGAUAAGUUUCGUUUGGAGGGGAAAGUACAUUUCUCCAGAGACGAAUCAAAGCGUGCUUUUGCGUCGAGUGCCCUGCUUCCGCCUUCCGGGUCAAACGGGACACCGGACUUAACACAGAAGGAGGGCAAGCGGCGGAGCCGAGGGCGGGCGGCGGCGGGAUACUAGCUUCACCCGCCUCUUUCCAUUCCUACGCAGACGGGUGGGGCCCACAUCUGCGUAAGAAUGGAAAGGGGCCGGAAGGGGCCGGGCCGCAGGCGCCCAGACUUCCGGCACUCAGCCGGGCUGCCCUGCGGGUAGUUCUAACGCGAGGCGCGCGAGCGGACUGGGUGACGUCAAGGAAGGCAGUGGGGCGGGGGACGUGUUGGGCAUGCGCAAUAGAUUGACUUCGCCCACCCUGGCCCCGCCGGCGUAAAGGACCUGACCACGCGGGUGGGAUUUCCAGUUUUGUGGCAGAGGGCGGGCGCCUAGCGGCUUUCUUGGCAGCGGGCAGGAAACUGGCAGGAGUUCCUGAGCCUGAACGUGCAGCGGAAGUAGAAGAACGUAUGUAUGUGUGAGAGAGACCUCUGCCUCAUUUAACAAAUUACGAUACUAUGCUCAGGAAACGGUGUAGGGGUUGAGGCCCUUCUUCAAGUGUCUGGAGCUCAGAGAUGCAGCCCAGGGGAGGGAAAUGUGACUAGUUGAGGAGGCCAUGCUUACUGUUGCUGCCAGGUCCCAUGUCAGUACCAAGUCCUCAGCUGCUGGUGGCAGCUGCUCAGCAGACCCUGGGCAUGGGAAAGAGACGAGGCCCACCCCGAGCUGUCUGCCUUCAUCUAGCCGGAGAGGUGCUGGCUGUGGCCAGGGGACUGAAGCCAGCUCUGCUCUAUGAUUGCAACUGUGCAGGGGCAGCGGAGCUCCAGAGCUAUCUGGAGGAGCUGCAGGGCCUGGGCUUCCCGGCCCAGGGACUUCACAUCCUUGAGAUUGGAGAAAACAGCCUGAUUGUCCUUCCGGAGCAGGUGUGUCGGCACUUGGAGCAGGUGCUGCUUGGUACCAUAGUCUUUGUGGAUGUUUCCAGCUCUCAACUUCACCCUUCCAUCUGCUCCCUGGACCAGCUUCAGGACUUAAAGGCCCUCGUGGCUGAGAUCAUCACACAUUUGCAGGGGCCACGGAGGAACCAAUCCCUGGCAGUCUCCUGCAGCAGGCUCCGUUCCUCAGACUGGAAUCUCUGUACUGUGUUUGGGAUCCUCCUGGGCUAUCCUGUCCCCUAUACUUUUCACAUGAACCAGGGAGGUGACAACUGCUUAGCCCAGACUCCACUACGGGUGUUCACCGCCCGGAUCUCAUGGCUACGUGGUCAACCACCAGUCUUGCUCUAUUCCUUUAGUGUCCCAGAGAGCUUGUUCCCAUCCUUGAGGAACAUUCUAAACACUUGGGAGAAGGACCUUAGAACUCGAUGUAGGACUCAGAAUGACUUCGCUGACCUCAGCAUCUCCUCUGAGAUAGUCACACUGCCGGCUGUGGCGCUCUGACUUUAACUCUUUUCCUGUGUAGAAGGAGCUCGGUAAAUGAUCAGCUCUAGGUCAGAGAUGGCACACAGGAAUCAUCUCAAGUGCCAAUUCCGAGCAUCUCGGGGACCUAGGGAAGAAUGCUGUAAUAAAUUUGCCAUUUUUAUGCUGAACUGGACUAGGGAGAGUAGACCAGGAUGCUUCAGGAAUAAACAGAGUUCUUUGGAACAGAGGCCAUCAGGUGAAGUUUGUUUAUUUUUACAGCAGGUUAAAAAAAUGAGAGUCAGAAAUCUCAGUUGAGUUGGAAAAACCCACACAUUAAAGUACCCAGACCUGA